GUAGACCAGGGAUAACAAGAAAAGCUGCUCGGAUAUCAGGAACGUAGCAGGAACCUGGAGAGAGGAAUCACAGGAAUACGCCAGCUGGGAAUGUGUAGGAGGAGAGGAAGAGAAGAAAAAGGGCAGGGAAGCAAGGGAACGGGAGGACAAGUGCGGCAGCGUGUAAAAGAGGAAGAGGAGAGUUAAUUAGCCCAGUGCGUCUCUCUCUCUCUCACACUCUCUCUCUCUCUGGCACACACACAUUCACACACACCUCCUUCCUUCUCCACCCCUCCACCACCCUGACACUCUAGCGCGGAAGUAUUAAAGCAGCCAAGCAGCAGCCUGCCGAUGUGGUAAUGAAUUAAAUAAAGCGUCGCCGCUGGGAGACAGAGAAAAGCCAGAGAAUGAGUGUUUUGGGGCAGCUGAGUGACGCUCACGCUGACUAAAGGCAUCCAGGUCUCUGUAAUGCGUGUGUUUGUGUGUACACACGCGUCCACGCGUACAGGUGCAGCAACAGCCAAACUAUUGGAGUUUUAAGAGCCGUAGUCCACGCCAUUCCCAGUCCACUCAAUCUGGUUUGGCCGAUCAAGCGUCCAAACUGUCCUACGCCUCUGCGGAGUCUCUAGAGACCAUGUCUGAGGCUGACAUGCCACUUGGAUUCAAUCGCAUGAACCGCUUCCGCCAGAGCCUUCCUCUGUCCCGAUCUGCCAGCCAGAACAAACUGCGCUCUCCAGGCGUGCUGUUCCUGCAGUUUGGCGAUGAGACAAGGCGUGUCCACAUCACGCAUGAGUUGAGCAGUAUGGAAACGCUACACGCGCUUAUUGUGCACAUGUUCCCCCAGAAGCUAACAGCUAGCAUGCUCAAGUCCCCCAACACGGCCAUCCUGAUCAAGGACGAGGCACGCAACGUGUUCUACGAACUGGAGGAUGUCCGGGACAUUCAGGACCGCAGCAUCAUUAAGAUCUACCGUAAGGAGCCGGUCUAUGGUUCCUAUACAGCGGCUUCUCACCUGGCCAAUGGAGACCUGAGGAGAGAGAUGGUGUACGCAUCACGUGAAUCGUCACCCACUCGUCGCAUGAAUACGCUGCCCUCCUCUGGCUCGGCUCCUACCUCUGCCUCUCCCGCUCGUUCCCGUCUUUCCUACAGUGGAGGUCGUGCUCCUUCGUUCUCUGGCUCUCAGCACGGUCACCACGGCCACCACGGCUCUCCGGCUCACGGGCAAGCAGGGGGCAUGACUGCAUCACCGUCGGCCAUCCUCGAGCGGCGAGAUGUUAAGCCCGAUGAGGAAAUCGCUACCAAGAAUGCUCUUCUGAAGAACGAGAGCCUCUAUGCAGAUCCGUACAGCCUGGUGCCUGAUGGACAUCGUCUCAGCAUCGCAUCCAUGGGAGAGCCGCUCGGCAUGCCGGGGCCGGGUGGGCUGUACCGGCGCGGUUCUGUGCGCUCUCUGAGCACUUAUUCGGCCGUGGCGCUGCAGGGAGACCUGGACGACCCGAUCUAUAAGCCAGGUGCUCCGCUCUAUCCGGACAACUACUCUGCUUUGGGGACAGGCUUCAGGCUUUCGUCUUCUUCCUCUCCUCAGAAGAUGUCGGAUUCGUACUCGGGGACGCUGAGCCGCAGCUCGCCUGUCAGGCAGAGCUUCAGGAAGGACUCGUCCUCGUCUGUGUUUGUGGACAGCCCCAAAUCCAGACCCAGCUCCAGUUCAGAGCCACUGGGUAGCGAGAUAGGGAGGGGGAUUUCCGGCUUCGGGAAUGAGACUGACACACGCAGGGAUCGUAUGGAAGCAAUGGAGAAGCAGAUAGCAAGUCUCACAGGCUUGGUCCAGAGCGUCCUUACCAGAGCACCGGACAGCGACAGCACAUGCGGCCUGCUGCGGCUCUGCAUGAUGGCGGGCUGCCCUCGGGACCCAGGGACCGACUUCUCACGGCCCUUCCCUUUCUCUUCCAGCGAGAAGACGGAGUCCACCAGCGACGGCUCGGCCACAGGAACUCUGACCCCAUCGGCCCCGCUGGCCCUGAUGCCUCCUCCGCCCACAAGUCCACACACCUCUACUGUGUCCAAACUCCAGAUGCAGCUCCACCUACACGAGCUAAAGCAGAAUGCCACUGACCUGCGCAAACAGCUUGCCCAGCUCCGCAAGAUGCAGCUGCAGAAUCAGGAGUCAGUGCGCUCUCUGGUGAAGCGGACGGAGGCGGAGCUGAGCGUGCGAGUGUGUGACGCUUUGAGGAAGCAGGAGGAUCCUCUCCAGAGACAGCGCCUCCUAGUGGAAGAGGAGAGACUCAAAUACCUCAACGAGGAAGAGCUCAUCAUCCAGCAGCUGCAUGAUUUGGAGAAGUCAGUGGAGGAGAUCCAGAAGGAAAGCUCGGUAAACCACAGACACAUCACAGUGCAGGAGCUGGAGGAGAAGAGCACGGUGCUGAGGAGACUGGGAGAGACUCUCACUGAGCUCAAGAAUCAGUUUCCUGGGCUGCAAAGUAAAAUGCGUGUGGUGUUGAGGGUGGAGGUGGAGGCUGUAAAGUUCCUGAAGGAGGAGCCACACCGACUGGAUGCCCUGCUUAAACGCUGCAAGACCAUCACUGAUACACUCACCGUGCUCAAGAGGCAGGUGAAUGAGGGCGUGAGGAAGAACAUGGAGGAGUUUUCCAACCCUUCGCCCAAACACACCGUCGGAGACGACUACAGGAAGAACGCUGACUUCGACAUUCCCACCAGUCCACCGCUCAACCUUAACGAGACCAGCCUGGCUAACUGGAGCCCUCACGGCCACACCCAUUCCCAUGGCAACUCAUCGCCGGGACAACUGAAGGGUCGGGGUCUGGAGGAGCUGGGGGGCCGUGGAGGGGCUGAUAAGGCCUCGUCUGUGGAAGUCAGGCUGGCAGCUGAAAGGGACUGGGAGGAGAAGCGAGCCAGUUUAACCCAGUACAGCACUCAGGACAUUAACCGACUCCUGGAGGAAACCCAGGCCGAGCUCAUGAAGGCCAUCCCGGAUCUGGACUUUGCUGCAAAUCAGAUCAAACCAAUGCAGAAUCAGAACCAGAUCCAAACCCAGAACCAGAGCGAGUCUCUGUCUAGCAGCAACGCCACACCUGAGCACAAACCCAACAAACCUCAACAUCCCUCACACAAGGUCUCCAACAAGGAAGGCGGCUCCAGGCGGGGAUCGGACGAGCUCACGGUGGCGAGGUAUCGCACGGAGAAGCCGUCCAAGUCACCUCCGCCUCCACCUCCACGCAGGAGCUUCCCCACCUCACCAGGCCUCACUACACGCAGCGGAGAAGUCAUCACCUCCACCAAGAGCAUGAAGAAAUCAGAAUCAGAAGAAACAGAGAUUCAGAAACCCCACGUGAAGUUGAGGAGGAGUGUCUCUGAAGCUCCUCGGCCUGCAUCCACACCCCCGACCAUGGCAGGAGGAGAGAGAGAAGACGGAGAAGUCGAGCACACUGCUGCCGAACUGGAGCACUUCACGCUGUUGCAGGGAAAUCUUCAGCACCCAAACUCUGACACACAGCCUCCGGUCAAGCUUUCCUCUUCAUCCGUCCCUCAGAUUGUCCUGACCGAGUGUCCCAGCUCAUCGUCUGAGAGCUCCACGACGCAGGUUUCAAGCUCGAUGUUACCACGGGACAGGAAUGCGGGAAGCCUCAGUUACAGCAGCUACAGAGUCAAGAGUCCUCGUCUGUUGCUGUGGAAACUGGAGCCAUCGACCAAUCAAACGCUAUCUCAGAUACCGGCUUUGAGCAGAACUAUAAAGGAACUUAAGACCGACAUGUUUACUGAAUCAACUUCACCAUCACCUUCACUUUUAGCAGCGAAGAAGCCGGCGAGAUCAGUGAACACGGAGCUGAUGAUCCAGGAGUCGUUUGAGAUCGACGAGAAAAACGCAAGGGAUAAAGGAGAAGAUGAUCAAUGCCGGGUCCAGGAGCGUAAAGAGGACAUUAGACACAGCACGUAUCGGCGUCUGGACAAUCUGGAGGAGACCAUCCGUGAGCUGGAGCUCAGUCUGCUUGAUUUUGGAGCUCAGACCAUCCCAACCUGGUCUCAAAGUAUUCCAGAUACGGAUUCCCAAAUGUCCACCAGCACCGUAGAUGCUCCAUCGGUAUCUACCAUAAAGAGCUCAGGAAGAGGAGAGAUCCAGAGACCUCCUGUUCCACCUAAACCCUGUAUAAACACAGACACAGCAUUCAAGGGCGGUUGCGGAAAGGCGAUAUCUCGUCUAAAGCACCUUCAGCAGAGCGGCUUGGACAAGAGCAAAGUGGGCAAACAGAGAGAAGACUUCCUCAAGAGCCAGGGACAACAGCAGUGAGAAGAAACACAACUUGACCUGAAACAUGACCUGACCCCGUCCCCCUCUCCUCUUCUUCCUCUGCAUCAUCCUCCUUGGAGUCUCUUCGGUCCUGUGUACACAUCUAUUAGUCUCCUAUUCACAGAUGUGUAUGUAUGUGGGAAAAAUAGGAUCCAUCCCUGAACCAAAACCCUAACCAGGCCUUCCAUGAGCAUAUGGGGUCGAUUGCUUGAAAUGGAUGACCAGGAAAGACUUCCCUGAACAAACUUAUUUACUUCAUAAAGAAUAGUAUACCUCCUCCUCAUUUUCCUCUCUCUUUCUGUCUUCUCUGCUUGGCACUUUCCCACCUUGCUGCCCGUAGAAGGAGUUGUUUCUUCUCCCCAACACACGGGCUGCUAGCUUCUCUGGUCGUCUACCAUCUGGGGUUUAUAAUAACUACCAAGAGGACCUGAUCUCCUCGUCCGGACAGACCAAAGCCCUCCUAGCCACCCUCUCGACUGAGGCCCUGCUACUUGCCACCACCCUCAGGCAUCGCCGGCUCCUUCGAGAACAGAGCACCAGCUCUUCAAAAACCCCCCCCUCACUCUCCAACAACCACCCUUCAUCCCCUUCAAGUUCAUCAUCCUCAGCUUCAACCCCUUCUCCCGUGUCCACCAGCUCAUCCCAUGACCCAAACCACUUGAUCGGUGACAGUACAACAGACAAGAAGAAAGGAAGUGAUGUUGUGCCCCAGUUUGUUCCAGCUACCAACAUGGAGUGAGGUACUGGAACGCCAUGCAAGGUCGAGGUGGAAGAACAACAGAAACAUCUCUAUAUUUACAGAGAAUAAAAACUUAUUAGUCAUGUAGAAUCUCCUCCUCCAUCUUGGCUGAACCCUCGAUCAGCCUGCAGAGAUGAUGCAGGCUACAUCCCACACACGCAGCCUACCAUCUCUUGUUCAUUAUGAGUUUAUUCUUCUCCCAUCUGCAUCCUCCAGGACCAUGACAGUACUGCCAGUUUCCCGCAAGAAGCCCACAGAUGGGUUUGGACCCCCUCCAUGUUCCAGCUCUCCGUGACGUCAGAGAUGGCCAGCAACAUACCACUCACGUCAGGCCAGAGAAAUGACUCUCUACCCUAAAACACGGUCAUCCAUCUGCCAAAUAUCACCUUUGACAGAUCUUGUGGUGUCUGGUAGAUUUUUAUCAAGUGUAAUUAGCUAGACUGUGAACACGUGUGAGUGAAGGUAGAUUCGCAAUAAUCCAAAAGUGAGUACAGUAGUAGUCAAUGUAUGUAAAGGUUCGUAUCAUCUCGAUAUUUAAAAUGGCAGAAUGUAAGAAAAACAACAAAACAAAACUGUAUAAUCAGUAUUUUUUUAGUUCGCGGACAUUUCCUCUGGGUAAUAACAGAACAGACAAAGUACUGCACUCUAAACAACAACGUAGUACUUACGGGGUCUAUCAUUUAACCUUUAGUUGGAGGAAGAUCAUUUUAGGGGAACAUUAUUAGAAUACUUCAUUACACCUUAAAGACCGCUGGUCUACCUUUGACACUGCAUUUGCAUUCUUGCUAGCUUGGUGAACACAAGUAAUAGAAACCGGUGCUAUCGUCUUUUAUAAACUGAUGGGAUUAACAAUAUGUAAAAAAAAAAAAAAAAAAAAAGUGUUUGAUUCAGAUUCUAUAGUCUUUAUUAUAUGCACACAGAAGAGACAGAAUGACUAUUCAUAUGGCUAAUUUGUCCUAUUUCCAUAUUUCUUCAAACUUGGCACAAAGUUACAAUUGCGACAGAUGGAUUGUGGGAUGUAGAAGGACACUCGGUGUUUGCAGUCUUAGUCUUAAUCGAGAAAGUUGCAGUUGGCUAAAUUGCAUGUCCGAAGGUUACUUAAGGCACAUUACUGCAUGAUGGAGGUGUCGACGCUCCAUAAAAGCACAACCAGUGAAAUCUAAAGGUACUGAAACGAAGGACCUUCUCAACCACUCGUGUUUUUUUUUUAAAGCUUAGAGAUUAAUGAUUAUAUCUGACAAUCAGCACACGAUUGAUUGGCACACUUCGGUUUACGCUCGGGCACUGCCACAAAUGUACAAUGUAAAGCUAUGUUGUAAAAAAAAAAGGAGAUGGAUUCAUUCAAGGGGCAGUUUAUGUAGUGAAGCAGACAAUGAUAGAUCAUUGUGAUGAGCCAGAAAUAUAAAACGCCAGAAGUGACGCCCUGAGUCGGGGUAAAAUCUGAUCCCACCGGUGGAAACAAUAAUAAAAAUGGACCAGUCAGUCCACAAUUUAUUUAUCCAAGGGAAGAUUGGUGCAGUGUUUGGAGAACUUGCCUGUUAAGUGAGGGAAGAGCUGUAGAUAGGUCUGUAACCUAGAGGUCCCAAAGACUCGCUCAUGUUUAGGAGCCUUUUCCAAAGCAGGCUCAAAACAGGCCACUUUGGUAGAAGUAAUCAAAAGGUCAGACCAUUCGGUCCAUUAGGAUAACGACUAGGAUUAUGACUCAGUAACUUGUAUGCUGCUGGCAUUCCAGGGGUUUCAUUACAACAACGUAAAGUGGGCGUGUUUCCGGAGGUCUUGGAAAAACGCCCUCUUUCAAAAAAAAAAAAAAAAACAGCAUACUACGAAGGACAAAACUGUCAUACAGGUAGAUUUAUUUUAGAAAACAAAUAAACAACCAAGGGGGGCACGGUGGCUUAGUGGUUAGCACGUUCGCCUCACACCUCCAGUGUUGGGGGUUCGAUUCCCACCUCUGCCUUGUGUGUGUGGAGUUUGCAUGUUCUCCCCGUGCCUCGGAGGUUUCCUCCGGGUACUCCGGUUUCCUCCCCCAGUCCAAAGACAUGCAUGGAAGGUUGAUUGGCAUCUCUGGAAAAUUGUCCGUAGUGUGUGAUUGCGUGAGUGAAUGAGACUGUGUGUGUGCCCUGCGAUGGGUUGGCACUCCGUCCAGGGUGUAUCCUGCCUUGGUGCCCGAUGACACCUGAGAUAAGCACAGGCUCCUCGUGACCCGAGGUAGUUCGGAUAAGCGGUAGAAAAUGAAUGAAUGAAUGAAUGAAUGAAUGAAUGAAUAAACAACCAAAAACUAUGCUUAGGGUUAGGGUUAGAUUAUCAAAUAGGCCACACCUACCCGAUGACGCAAUAUCUGUUACGCUGUGCUGAAAUCCCUGGAAAUAAGUGCAUCCCGUACGCUGCUUGACUAGGCCUGGAGCAACUCAAGGCAAAUGAGUCAUAGACAUGGUUUUUGGUCUUGCAUUCAAGGAAAUUAAUAAAAAAAUAAAAAAGGAGAGUAUUAGGAGAAUAUGAAAUUUCUUUCUAGCUCUUUGACAGAACAAGUGUUGGAAAUGGAUUCGUCUCGGUGCGGAGAUGAACACAACGGCCCGAGUGCGGGGCUCGUGACUGCAGCAGGCUGCCGGAGGAGAGAUUAGGGGAACGAUUUUAUGGAGAAAUUCGGUGCAAAACGUUAAGCUUCGGAAGGAUUUCUGUUCCACAAGGGAAAGCGACUUAAUUACAGGAAAUAAAUCUGGCUCUUCUGGCUUUGACUCAGCCUGGCAGUAGGCGAAUUGUGAAUUUGCCAUUUCUAGGGGAAAGAAAAGAGAAACAGAGAUGUGCUCUCUGCAGAAGCUUUGUUUUAUUGUGUGCAGCUUGUUCUUGGAAGAGAAAGAGAGAGAGAGAAAAUGAGAGUGAAUUGUGGCCUUUAGAGAGGCUGACAGGAUGAGUGAAACCAAUUGCUUGAUUGGCAGGUGGCUUUUAUGUCAUCUUUAUAAAUCAUCACCGGAUGAUUUUUUUGCUUCUUCACCAUGAAACGUUUUUGACAGUUUUCAAAACAAAAAAUAAGGAUGCCAAAGAAAUCCACCUGCAGAUCUGGAGAGAUACUAGAUUAAUUUUUGGUCUUUGACUUGAAUGUGUAUGCUUUUAUAUUUAUUAGGUGUGUAUGAAGCACCAUAAUAUACUAAAAGAAAAAAAUAAAAGGAAUAAAAAUUGAAGAGCAGCCCAAAAUCGAUAAGUAAACUCUUACAAACCUUCAUAAUAU